AUGGGAAAUUCUCAACCAAAGAAGGGAUCUCUUAGUCAUGAACAUACCUUGUUCCAUCAGUAUGUGGAAAACAGGUCUACAAAGGAACAAUGUGAUGUAUGCAAUGAGGAAAUCUAUGGUGUGGUCUAUGCCUGUGAAGUCUGCGAGUUUACACGGCAUGCAUCAUGUGCACAAAAGCGGAUGCCUUUAGAGAUUACUCACCCUUCCCACUCAAUGCACGAGCUACAACUACAAGAUGAGUCUUCGGAUUUCUUAUGUGAAAGAUGUUUCUGUAAUUCUCGAGGCCCAAGAUACCACUGCUCUAGUUGCUUAAUCGAUGUUGAUUUAGCGUGUGUUUCUUCAAACAACGAUCAAUCCGCUGAAGGAGAUGAGGGUCAGAUACCUGAAGGCAGGGUAAGAAAAAGAACCAGGCAUUUCAGCCACGGGGAGCCGUUGGCUCUCUUCAAGUAUAGGAAGACAACACAACGAUAUGAACUUGAUUGCAGUUGGUGUGACAAGCAUUUAUUAGGCAUGUCCUAUGGUUGUUUCAACGGGGGACCUUAUGGUUGCAAGUUCUUUCUCCAUGAAUCUUGUAUUUCUAAGAUUUCCAAAAGAUUGCUACAUCCUUUUCAUCCACUGCACCAUCUUUUCCUGCAGUACAGUAAUGUCGGCUAUAGAUUCUCUUGCAACGCCUGUAAAGGUUCAAUUUCAUCUACGAAUUUAACAACAUACUAUGCCUGUCAUAAGUGUAGUUUCUACCUUCAUAUUUCUUGUGCUAGGCUCCAACCUACGCUGAAACAUAAGUGCCAUGAGCAUGAUCUUACAUAUUUUUCGAGAAGUACUGAAGAGUGUUUCAAUUGCCAUGCCUGUGGCCAUGAUUGCAAUGCCCAAAAGAACAAAGAAGGUGCUUUCUACCGUUGUGUACAAUGUAAUUUCAACAUCCAUUUCAGAUGUCUUCCAGCACCACCUGUGGGUAAACAUAGAUAUCACAGGCAUUUUCUCAUCCUCCAUCACGGAGUAAUUGAAGAUGAUUCUGGAGAGUAUUAUUGCGAUGUCUGUGAAGAAGAAAGAAAUCCAAAGCAUCAUAUCUAUUAUUGUAAGAAGUGCACAUAUAUUGCUCAUGUCGAAUGUGUUCUCAAAGAGGUAAGCUCUCAUUUGAACAUUUACAAUAUCUCCAAGUGGAAAUUGGCUAUGAAAAAAAUGAUAUCUGACUUGUUUGUUUUGGCUACAGGUUUCUGA